AUGACGAGGACGACUCCCGCCCGCGCCGACUACUACCAGAUUCUCGGUAUCCCCUUCACAACCUCAUCAGCCACCCUGUCGAAACAGCAGAUCAAACUCGCGUAUCACAAGGCCCUCCUCAAGCACCACCCCGACAAGGCCGGUGCCCUCGCGCAGGAUGCAGGAAUGAACAUGCCAGCUUCUCGCGACGGGAUCCUCUCCCGAUCGGGCGAUGACGCUGCAGGCCAGCGCGCGUAUACCAUUGACGAGAUCACCACCGCGUACAAGACGCUCUGCGACCGGGCGCUGCGCGCAGAAUAUGACCGUACCCUGAGACUAGACCGGUUAAAGGUCGCGGAACGAGAAAAGACCGGCGACGUCUUUCAUACUGGUCUGGAGAUCGUGGAUCUGGGGGAUCUUGCGUGCGACGAAGAUGGCGAGCGCAGGGCCUGCUGGUACCGUGGCUGUCGAUGUGGCGACGACAGAGGGUUUCUGGUGACGGAGGAUGAUUUGGAGAGAGAGGCGGACCAUGGCGAGAUUAUUGUUGGGUGUCGUGGGUGCAGUCUUUGGCUCAAGGUUCUUUUCGCUGUUGAGGAUGAUGGCUGA